CUUUUGCUACCUGCAAACACAGAGACCACAGCGUGAUGGAAUUCACUGGAGGAGACACUUACCAGAAUGAAUUUGAUCCCAAAGCUUACCUGGAAUAUUUCCAUUUUGGGGAAGGUUCCGUAGAAGAUGAAUUCAUUGAGUUUAUUUUGAAAUGCUUUUGCAAAAUCUUUGCUUCAGGGGUCCCAAAAGGCGGCACCCUAAUCGAUAUUGGCUGUGGCCCCACCAUCUAUCAGUGCCUCCCAGCCUGUGGGUCCUUUGAGAACAUCAUUGCCACAGAUUAUCUGGAUCAGAACUGCCAGGAAAUUACAAAAUGGCUGAAGAAUGCACCCGAUGCUUUUGACUGGUCCCCGGUGGUGAAGUAUGUGUGCAAGCUGGAGGGAGACAGGGAGACGUGUGCAGAGAAGGAGGCAAAGCUACGAAGAAGCAUCAAGCAGGUUCUCAGAUGUGAUGUCCAUCAAAGCAACCCAGUGGCUCCCUUCUCUUUGGCCCAGGCUGACUGCCUUCUUUCCACAGAGUGCCUGGAGUCUGCGUGCAAAGACCAGGGGAGUUUCCAGGCUGCCUUGAAGAAUAUCAGCUCUCUGCUGAAACUCGGGGGAUACUUGGUACUUGGUGGGGUUUUAGGGUGCACUUUCUACAGGGUGGGCCCACGUAAGUUCUUCAGUUUCUGCUUUACUGAGGAAAUCCUGAAAGAUGGCCUUAGCGCAGCUGGGUUUGCCAUUGUAGAGUUCAACACGGAGCCCAGAAUUGCCAAAACCAAUAUGGAUGACUGUGAUUUCUCCGGAAAGUAUGUCAUUCUUGCCCGCAAGGAGAAGGAAGUAUAAACCCAGUGGAUUUAUUGUAUCCUUAAAGCCACAGCCUCACUGUGGAUCUGGGGGGUCCUCAUUUUAAGCCUGUCUCUGCCACGGCCUCGUCUCAGCCUGGGCUUCCUAACUCUCAAAUGAAGGCUAUAAUAGGCCAUGGCGCUGACGCGUCUUUCUGCUUGGGAGGGAGCUGCUGUGAGACCUUGUGCCAAGCUCUGUAUGUGGAAUCAGGAGAAUGGAAUGUGUUGGGGUUGUUUUCUCUGCUCAAGGACUUUUCCCGCAGACCAUCCAAGACCGUUCGGAGCAUCUGUGGUUGUGGACUUGAGAAGAUUCUACGGGGGGAGGGAUUUCGUUUUCACCGAGGGUUUUUAGUUUUGAAUUGCCCGCACUUUUACCAUUCUCAGCUUUCUUUGUGAUCCUGCAUGCUGUUCCUUAAUAAAUCCGAUAUCUUUGAA